AAAAAUUGAUGCUAAGGCGAGCCACCCUAUCCCCCCCCGGCGCAUGUUAGCUGUGCUCCGGCUCCUCUCGCUAUCGAAACCCUAACCCUGAUACUAAUCUCAUCGUCUUCUCAGAUCCAGUCUCGAAGGAAGGAGAAAUGUCCAAGGCCUGGGGCGGAGUCGGCGCCUGGGCGCUCGAUGCCGAGCGCGCGGAGGCGGAGGAGCUCGAGCAGGCGGGGGCCGAGGAAGCUUCCUCCUCCGCCUUCGGCACCGCGGGCACCGUCCUCGCCAACGAGCCCGCCCAGAGCUUCCCCAGCCUCAAGGAGGCGGCCGCCACCAAGCCCAAGAAGAAGAAGCACGUCGCCAUGCCUCUAUCGCAGUUCGCCACUUCCUAUAUCGGCGGCGGCCGCGGGGAAUCUUUCUCCGAGCCCAGGGGCCUCACCCCGGACGAGAUGCUCCGCCUCCCAACUGGUCCUCGAGAGCGCUCCCAGGAGGAGCUCGAGCACGGCCGCCUUGGCGGCGGGUUCCGGAACUACGGCGGUGGAUCCCGUGGGGGUUUCCCUGGUCGCAGAUCCGACGACGGGGAAGGUUCCUGGAGUGGCGCUGGUGGCGGCAGGAGGUCAUACGGUGGUUUUGAUGAGGAGCCGAGGCGGGGACCGCCGGCUAGGGUUUCCGAUUUGGACCUCCGAUCGAGGGCUGACGAGGUUGAUAACUGGGCUAUUGGGAAGAAAUCCUUUGCUCCUGCACCGAUCGAUUCCGGACGCUCUGAUCGAUAUAGCUCGCUUGGUAGUGGAGGUUCAUCGAGGGCUGUCGAGGUGGAUAACUGGGCUGCCGGGAAGAAGCCUCUCCCUUCCAGGUACCCCAGCUUUGGAUCGGGGUUCAGGGAUUCUCGUUCUCCAUCCGAUUUCGACCGGUGGGGGAGGACAGGUGGAGGACCUCUGCCCAACAACGAGGAGAGGCCAAGACUCAUCUUGGAUCCACCGAAGGGGGAUGUGGGAGCACCGAGUGAGCCUGUGAGAACUCGUCCUAGCCCGUUUGGUUUUGCGCGGCCAAGAGAGGAGGUUUUGGCAAAGAAAGGGGUGGAUUGGAUGAAGAUAGAUUCUGAGAUUGAUUCCAUAAAGGCAAGCCGGCCGACUAGCUCGCAUUCGAGCAGGCCUUCUAGUGCACAGUCAAGCAGGCCUGGGAGCCCUGGUUCACAAGCAGCAGCAGCAGCAGAUGAAGCCCCCAAAUCUCGGCCGAAGGUGAACCCUUUUGGUGAUGCCAAGCCCCGAGAGGUUCUGUUGCAGGAGCGGGGUAAAGAUUGGAGGAAGAUUGAUCUGGAGCUAGAGCAUUGCAGUGUUGACAGACCUGAGACAGAUGAAGAGAAGAUGCUGAGAAUAGAGAUCAAUCAUCUGAAGGCACUGACUAACGAAACUGAGCAGAAUCAGAAUGGAAAAUCUGCACAGUUAUCCGCUGAAGACUUAUCCAGUCUACAUGAGCAGAUACUUAGCAAAGAGAGAGACCUGGAGAUGCUUAUACGUCACUUGGAUGACAAGGUAAGGUUUGGUCAAAGAGCUACCAGCAACAUCAGGCCUAGCUCUGGAGCUGGCAGUAGCGAUUCAUCCUCUACUAGGCCACCAUCUCAGUCUGGUUUGUCUGAGGAGUCAAGAAGCAUUGAUUUCACGGAUAGACCUCGAUCCCGUGGUGGCAUGGGAGAUAUCUGGUCCAGGCCUGUUGAUGAUAGACGAGGAUUUCAUGGGGGUAGAGAGAGAAGCUUCUUUGACAGCAGAAAUAUGGACAGGUCGAUGUCUAGGGAGAGAUGGUGAAUGCUGCUGGUGUGAAUGCUUGGGUUGGGUUGUUUUUUUUUUUAUUAUUUAACAUCAGUAAACAUAGCAAUAACUUGUUCUUUUUCCUUUUUAAUCCUUGUUCAUUUUUGCUGCCAGAAAAUGUGGUGAUAAAUCACGGAUAAUGAUGAUAACAUUUUCUUCACAUUAUUUAUUGCUGCCUUGAUGCAGUGUAAGAUUUGCUUUUUUCCAUGUCAAGGCAAGUAGGCGGACUAUAAUGUAACCUAAAUUUACUUUGAUAGUCUAAAACUAUGUUUUGUCGUACUUAAAUAUUUUCUGCAA